AUGGAGGAAGGGUUGGAUCUCACGACCCAUGCCGAAUAUGUUGGGCCGACGGACUAUCGAGAUCCCAUCCUGCUCGACCUUCAUCGUCCGCCGUCGGCUCUAACCGCUCGAGCGCCUACCGCGCCUGAGCUCGCUCGCCGUCUCGAUGACCAAACCAUUUUCAUUGUUCGUGCAGACGAGGCAGUCACUUCGGAGGCUCAGCGCGUAGCCGACUUGGACGCCAUCGAGGCAGCUGUGCAUCCCCUCGGCCGCACCCUCGUCGAUCUUUACUUUCGAAUCGUCCAUCCCAGCUUCCCCAUCCUCCACAAAGACGUCUUCAUCAGCAAGCACCGCAUAUCCCAUCGCCAUUUUGCGCCGUCGCUGCUGGCCGCAGUGUAUCUCGUGGCCCUGGACUGGCAGUUGUACGACAGCGUUCUGGCCGGCAGCGAAUGCGUGCCAGACGCUGCAUCCCUUGAAAGGUUGGCAGAGCAGACCAUCAACAGGGACAUGCGACGGCCAAAGCUCAGCAUCAUCGAAGCUGGCUUGCUGCUUCUUCAGCGGCAUCGACGACCGGGGGAUCACGGCGACAACAACACAUCAAGCCGUGCGUUUGCGGCACAGCUUGUUGCCGUUGCGCAGGACCUGGGCCUUCACCUUGACUGCAGCUCAUGGUCCAUCCCGUCCUGGGAGAUGGGCCUGAGGCGGCGCCUUGCUUGGGCCAUUUACAUGGAGGAUCGCUGGGGCGCAUUCGUCCACGGACGGCCAUGCCUGAUCCAUGAUGACGACUGGGAUGUUCGCCCCUGCACGGACUCCGACUUCCCUGAGCUGGCAUCUCAGCAGGAAUUGGGCGCGGCAGUGGACAUGGAUGCCCGCAUCGGCUGGGACAUUUUUUGUGCCCACAUUGAGCUUACUUGCAUCGUGACUGACGUCUUGCGCACCUUUUUCAGCCUCAAGGCGACACGAGCCGCCGGGCUGCUUGACCAGAUAGGCAUCGCCGGAGCCGUGGACCUCGCACAGCCUCUGGUUGUCCGCUUACGAACGUGGUACGCCGCUCUACCUGAUGCCCUUCAUCUCCGAAGCAAGCAGCGAGGAAAGCUAUGUGCCAACGGCUCUCUGCAUCUGGCGUACGCCUCCAUGGAGAUUGCCAUCCACCGGGCGCUCCUGCGGGCGCUGACGCCUGACACUAGCGAGGCGGUCCGCAGCCGGGUGCGCUCGGCAGCACGUUCAAAGCUUCAGGUCGCUACGGAGCUGAUGGCGUCGCUCGAGCCAGAGCACACGGCGGCGUUCUGGGGUCGAGCAGCCGCGCACCAAGCGGCACACGUCGGGUCCUUGGGGGCGCUCCUGUGGGCAACCGCGGAAACUGCCGAGGAGAUGGGGUGGUGCGCGGCGAGGGUCGACGAGCUGCGAUGGGCGCUCCGCGUGCGAGGGUCCGCGGCGCCCUUUGCGAGAGACGCGCUCUGGCUGCUUGAGCAUGACAUUGGUGGCGUCGGCGUCGUGAGAGCGACGCGUGAGGAGCCAUCAUGA